CUGGCUUUAAGAUAAGAAAUUACGUACACCUAUGAUACUACUCCCUUUUCAGUUAAACUUUAAAAAAUUUAAGUGCAAGACAAUGAUAAGGACUUUACUUGUUCUGUCUCUCUUGUAUCAAACCAAUGCAGCGAUAAGAAUUUACCUGAGUGGGGGUGCACAUUCGUACGAAGGAACGAUUCAUAUAGAACACAGUGGCAGUUAUGGUACGAUCUGUGAUGAUAACUUUGAUACCGCAGAUGCUAAAGUUGUGUGUAGAAUGCUUGGCUAUCAUGGACCGUCUAAAGCGUAUUCUGGAGCACAUUUUGGACAGGGAACAGGACCAACAUGGAUAGAUGAGCUGCAGUGUACAGGAUACGAGUCAGAUGUCAGUGACUGUCGGAGAAACUCUUGGGGAAAUGAAGAUUGUGGUCACUCUGAGGACGCCGGUGUGAGAUGUUCCUCUCACGACGUACAGACAAUCAGACUGAUAGGUGGUACAGGCAACUUUGAAGGAACAGUUGAUGUGAUGGAGAACGGUCAUUGGGGAAGUAUUUGUGACAGAAACUUUACAGAUCAGGAUGCCACUGUCGUCUGCAGAGCUCUAGGCUUCACAGACGGGCAUGCAGUUAAAGGCGCGUACUUUGGUCAAUUAAAUCGUGGGCGUAUCUGGACAGACAAACUAGGUUGCCGUGGAAACGAAACGGGUAUUUGGCAGUGUAAAUAUUAUGCUACUCGUUGGGGCCAAUCCAAUACCUGCAACGAUAGUAUGGAUGCCGGGGUUGUAUGCGAUCACACUGCAGUCCGACUUGUUGGAGGUAGUUUGCCGUCUGAAGGGCGUGUUGAGGUCCAGCAUAAUGGUGUUUGGGGAACAGUUUGUGGCAACAGCUUUACGCAACAUGAUGCUGACGUUGUUUGUAGAAUGUUAAGCUUCAAUCAUAGUGCAGUGUCUAUACAGUACAAUACAACUCGGGGGUCAGGACCGAUAUGGCUGGGAAAUCUUGGUUGCCAUGGUGACGAAGUAGAUAUACAGUUUUGUAACCUUGGUGGCUGGAAUAAUCAUUCAUGUAACCAUGCCAACGAUGUUGGUGUAACAUGCAAGCCAACAGAUGUUCGUCUGUCGAGGGGAUCCAAUCCAUCCGAAGGAACAGUUGAAAUCAAAAUAGACGGUUCUUGGAAGACGAUAUGUGAUCCGGGCUUCGGUGACAAUGAGGCUAGUGUUAUAUGCAGAAUGCUGGGAUAUACUGGGAGUAAUUCUCCUCAUACAAUAUAUCACUCGGAUUACUUCGGUCACAGUUAUUCAGUUGGUUUGGAUAAAGUCAGUUGCCAAGGCGACGAAAGCGAUAUUAGCCAGUGUUCUUCUGUUCCCCAUACGUCAUGUUCAACCUCAAAAAAUGUUGGUCUAAGAUGCGAGGGAGUUCAAGUAAGACUUGUUGGCGGGGCACACAGUACGGAGGGACGGGUUGAAGUCUUAAACGGUGGACAGUGGGGGACGGUGUGUGAUUCUAGUUGGGACGAUGCUGAUGCGACAGUAGUAUGUAAAAUGUUGGCAUACUAUCCCUACGACGGGAAUGCAGUUGGUAUAGCAGUGUCUGGAUCUUACUUCGGCUUUGGAGACGGACCUGUCUGGCUUGCUGAUGUAGGGUGUAACGGAACUGAGAACGAUUUAACAGAGUGUUCUAUUGGAUGGAAGGGAGGAGUUAACUGUGACCACGGUCGGGAUGCAGGCGUUGUAUGUGAAUUUGCUGAGGAGAAGAGGCUUCAAGGUGGACAGACGGACACAGAAGGCAAUAUAGAAUUUAAUUAUGGUGGAACUUGGCAUUCCUAUUGUGAUGAUGGCUGGAACAAAUCAGAUGCGAUUGUCGUAUGUCGGGAACUUGGUUAUUGGACAGCAAAUCCAAUCUUGUACAAUUCCUCACAUUUUGGCAGAUCAAGGACUACAGUUUACAAGGUUGAUCCACAGUGUACGGGCAAAGAGGGCAACUUAGAAAUGUGUAGAAUGGGGGAAAAGCUUGGGCCUGUCACGUGCUCAUCGUCAGAAAGCGCUGGCGUUGACUGUAACCCACAAAAUUUAGAUAUGGCAGAAAUACGGCUUGUAGACGGUCCAGGUCCGUGGAGAGGAAGACUUGAAAUAAAUAAAAAUGGCGUCUGGGGAAGCGUGUGUUACGAUUUCUGGAACGAUACAUACACAGACUUGGUGUGCCACAAUCUUCGUUUUCUGAACACGAAUGUAAGCAGUUUCAAGACACCUGUUGGUUUAACGUCUAUGCACUACAAACGAUUUGACUGUCAGCGAGGUGGAGAGGCUAACCUUGGACAAUGCAAAGCUGAUUUCAAUGUUACAGACUGCAGCCGGAGAAAGUCGCAGGCUGUUGGAAUAGACUGCUCAGGUGGACUCGGUGUUACUUUAAACAGCGGUGGAUACCUUCAAGGAAAAGUCGAGCUGCAUACAUCAAACACAACAAGACCCUGGACUGUGUGUAGAUCUGGACUCAAUAAUGUAGCUGCUCAAGUUAUAUGUACAAUGGCUGGAUAUAGCAAUACAUCACCAAAUGUAACAUCUAUCGACUCACAAGAUCCCAUCCUGUAUACAAACAUUGCAUGUGAUGGAUGGGAAAGUCACGUGUCACAGUGUUCUACAAUGAAUACAGGACAAUCGUGUGAUGAAAGAGCCUACAUUGACUGUUUCAAUGGAUGCAUCCGAAACCAUACCGGUUCUGCAGGGACGAUAGUGUCCAGGAACUAUCCGGCCUACACAGCGGAUAUGGACUGUCUAGACAUAAUCAAGAAUCCCGGAAACACCUUGAUGAAACUAACUUUCAAUGAUCUUAACCUAUCUGGAGAUGGGGAUUUUGUAGAGAUUAGAGACGGUCCACAUGGGCGACAACUGGGACUGUAUGCAUCAAAUGCUGCUGUACCAAUGUUAGUUACAAACAAAGAUUUCUAUAUACGCUUGAAAACGAACAACAUGACAAACGCACGAGGAUUCAAUGUAUCAUAUAGUCGUUUGAAUGUUGAGGACACUAUUUCGAUGAAUUGUGGGCCCUCAGGUUGGGAGGUGGCAGUAAAUGUAACACAGUUACGUCAGCUCUUCCCAGACACUGGAGUCUCACAGAUUAAACUUUCUGAUCAGAAGUGUACAGGACAAGUGUUGGGAGAUUUAGUCGUAUUUAAGCAACAUUACACUCAAUGCUCCACAACACAUAAAAUAAAUGAAGGUAAUAUAAUAUACAAUAACCAGUUGGUGUAUCCUGAAGCUACAGAACCAUUUCCUAUCGUUGUACGCGGUUAUCGGUGGACGGUGGAGCUUGAGUGUGAUGUGGCGCGGACAGAUACACUCGCUAACAGCUUCCAUCCAAACCGAACAGUUGUCCAUCACAACCCACAUAAAACCAGCUCUACACAUUACAGUUCCGAGGUGAAAUUCUUCUCUGAUGGAACGUUUUUCAAAGAAAUUCAUGGAAAUCCCCUUUCAUUAAAGACAGGUGAAGAUGUAUAUGUGAUGGUAAAGAUGACAUCGGACGAUGUAAACAUCAAGAUGAGAGUUGAUAGUUGCUACACAAAACCAGAUCCAAAUGCCGGCCCAGCUUUAACUUUUCCACUUAUUCAAAAUGGGUGUGUUGUUGAUACAUAUACGAGACUCUUGUCCCAAGGAAACCACGAGACGAGAUUCGUCUUUACAGCGUUCGAGUUUCCGCAAAGUCGAGACGCAGUUUACGUUUAUUGUAAUGCGACGUAUUGUGAUGUUACAGACAGCAGUAAUAAAUGUACCCAAAUAUGUCAUGGUACACCGACGAUUGUUGGUCGUGCCAUUGGCUCAUGGGGAUACUAAAUACCAAAUACCAAAUAAAAUAUCUUCAGUC